AAACCAUAAUACCGUUGUGAAUUCUUGAUGAAUCUGUAAUAGAAUCAACAUCAACCUGAACUCAGUCAGGAAUUGACUGUGACAACUUUAAGGAAAUAAGUCCAUUAAAAGUCUUCUGCUAGUGAAGUUGAAUGAUUUUAAUUGUUGGUGAAUUUGAUAACCGGCAGAGAAUUAAAUAAAUUUGUUCGAAUUGGCAAAUGGGAUACAAAUUACGAUAUCAAACGAAGCGAAAAGUGUUUCUCGCGUUCAUUUUCCUUGUAGUUUAUAUAACUUUUGAAGUUCUCUUUUUGGUGGAAGAUGAUCCAAUCCCUAUUGAUAAACCGUCAUUUCAUUUAUACGAUGAGAAGGAUGAAUGGUUUGAAUCAAAAAAUUCUUCUUGUAAUCUUCCCUUUAAUGUGGACCCUUAUGAUCCAAUGAUUAAAACUUUCAUUCAUCAAGAAAACUCUUUUAUUAAUUGUAGUAAAUCAAAUGAUUCGUUUUACAACCUUAGUGAUGGAAAAUCUUUAUCGUACAUGAAUGAUGUGGAUGGAAUUGUUCAUAUUUUUCGUAUUCAAGAGUACGAUAAGUCGUUAAAGUGCCUUUACCAGCAGUUCGAUCGAGAUGGUGAUUCUGAUAAAAAGAUAAAAUAUUUUGAAUGGAAACCGAUAAUUGGAUAUGAAUUAGAUUUGGAAAAACUCGGAAUCGAGUUUGUUAUAAUUGAAUGUUUUCUAUCGAAUGAAUUAGUUUAUACUAAUAUUCAUUCAUGGCCAAGUCGAGUUCCAAGUUCAUCAUCAUUAAGAAUUGUUAAUAAUUCAUCUUCUGAAUUAACAAUUAAUGAAAGUCAAUUGAUUAAUAAUCGAUUGACAAAACCUUCAGUGAUGUUUCUGAUAAUCGAAUCGAUGUCUUACCUUAAUUACAAACGAUUCAUGUCAAAAACGGAACUCGCAGUGUCCAAAUUAUCAAAUUUCUUUAUUCUCAAAGGAUUGAAUAAACUCGCAGAUAAUUCGUAUCCAAACAUGAUACCAAUUCUAACAGGUCACCGCCCAUACUACGAGAAUUGGCCUUUCAAUAUGUCUAGCGAAAAAGGUCCAUUUGAUGAAGUACCGUUCAUAUGGAAAGCUUUUAAGGCUUUAAAUUACACCACUGGUUAUAUUGAGGAUCAUCCUAAACUAGCAUUGCUGAAUUUCAUGGCUAAAGGAUUCCUUAAACCUCCCGUUGAUUGGUAUCCUAGACCUUAUUGGUUAGAAAUGGACAAAUCACUAAAAUCUGAAAACAGUGAUUUUUGUUAUAACGAAAAACCGAAAAUCGAUUAUUGGUUUAAACAAGUAAAACAAUUACUCAACAAAGCAACGAAAUCCAAUUUACCUUUUUUUCUAUGGUCGUUUUACAUUCAAGUUACUCAUAGUGAUUUCAACAAAGCUCAAUUUAUCGAUGGAUAUAUCGCUGAUUUUAUUGAUUCUUAUCGUUCUAUUCUUGAUGAUACGAUUUUCAUACUAAUGGGAGAUCAUGGUAAUCGUUAUGGCCCUUCGUUAAAAACUAGUUACGGUCAAAUAGAAACUCGAAUGCCUCUUUUCGGUAUUCAUAUUCCACCUAAACUUUUAUCAGAACAUAAACAUUUGUCCGAAUAUUUAAAGAAAAACGAGAAAAAGUUGACCACUUGGUUAGAUGUUCGAGAAAUACUAAAAGACAUAGUAGCUGGUCAAUAUACUCCAAUUGUAUCUUCUUCUAAAAGAAAAGCUUAUUCUGUUUGGCGAGAAGAGGUUCCAUCGAAUAGAACUUGUCAAGAUGCUCUAAUUCCAAUGGAGUUUUGUUUAUGCUCGAAAAAACAUAGUAUGCCAGUCAAUUCAGCGUUCGCUCGACAUUUAUCUUCCAUUGUGAUAGAUCAUCUCAAUGGACUUCUAUCCGAGUAUAUUGACAAUAAUGUUUGUCUUCCAUUGUCCCUUAAAGAGAUUCACAGUCUCAAGAGUGUAGAUCUAAUAAACGAUAAUAAUGACACAAACAGAUCUGAAAUAACAUUAUCUGUUCAUCCAUCUAAUGGUACUUUCCAAGCACUUUUACAUCAAACAAUUAAUUCGCAAAAAGCAAGAGAUUACCGUUGGGCUGUAGAAGGAGAUAUUUCAAGAAUCGACUCUUAUGGGUUUCAAUCUCACUGCAUCAUGCAUGAAAAAGUUCUCAUUAAAUACUGUUACUGUCGAGUCCAGUUGAUGCCCGUUUAAA